AUGAAAGAUAUUACUGAAGCAAUGUACGUCAAAAAAAGAGAUGAGCUGGUCAUGGUUAUGUGGUACGGAUGUCAGACAAUAGAUGGAGAAGCAGAUAAUGGAAUGAUAUCCGCGCACAGUCAAGCGAAUGCUGGGGAGACCACCAGUGAGUUGAAGAGACUCCAUGGUAUGCCUGCACAGUAUCGCGCCGACUCGGACAGCGCAAUAGUGAAUCGAAUGGAAAAGUUAUCAGCUGCAUCGACGGUGUGA